GAGAGUCCUGUAGUAGGCUAGUUGCGACUGGGAGUGAGAGAAGACCCAGGGAACAGGUUUAUGUGUGAGCUGCGUCGUGUUGUGAGCGUCAGUGAGCGACCGAUACACCUGCUGUGUAGUGGCGCUGCAAUAAGCUAAUAACGGAUAGCCAGUAUCCUGUGACGUCACUUCCCUCGUGCAUAGCCUCACAGAAUUGUUGGUCGAGGUAGUAGAGCCACUUAAACCCUGGUGCAGGACAGUGUGCCAUUAGUUGCGCAAUGUUCAUUUAGUGUUAGACUAGUGGCGUCUGUGUGGUGGUGCUGUGCUGCCAGUGGAGGUGUUGUCCUCUGUGUGUGUGCCUGGGGAGGAAGUUUUGUGUUAUACACUCAACAAGUGCAUAUUGUAGACGGGUGUUUUAUUAUAGUGCGUCAAGUGAAAGUCCGAGGAUCACGUACUUAGUGGAGUACCAGUCAGGAUUUUCCCCAAGCUGGUGAUAAUCGUCAGUGUUGGUGCUGCCCUCUGCCCCCCACGGUGACUGGUGACGCAGCCAAUGGGACGCUUAUACACCAACACUAGACUGUGCUCUUCCGUCCGCGUCCCACACAUCAAACACCAAAUUCUCGUGGGUGGUCGUCUGUGUACCUGCAGCGGAGUCAGAACCGGAGGAUGCCAUCAGAAAUCUCACAGGUGUACCCUAAGUUUCCCCAGGAUGUAGCCAGUUCCUCAGUUAUUACUCCAAGUGCAUCCUACAAGAAUUUGAAUUGGCAUCAUCGCAACCCUGAGGACGAGGAAUAUCAGAAUAAACCAAUCUCUAGGUGGACUUACCAAGAUGUUGUGGACUUUAUGUUCACUGCUUGGGAAGAACUCAAGUGUGAAAUUUUAGAUAUAAAUUUUGCGGAAUUAAGUGGUUCUACUGGUUUAAAUCUUCUACAGUUAGAUGAAGAUGGCUUCAAACAAUUUUCUAAAAACUAUGGAGACCGAAUAUACAGAUAUUUCUUGGAUUACAAGGCAAAAGAGGAGAUGAAUCAGUUGAAGGUUGAAUCACAACAACAGUACUUUCCCAAUAGUCAUCUAUUUUCAUCGCCAUUUGAAUUAAAUGGAGACACUUGCAUUCGUCAAUCACAUUUGGCUCCAAGAGAAUCGCCAGUUGUGUGUGAAACUUCUGCCCCAUAUGAAUAUCAUUUUGAGACUGUAGACCACAGAGGACUGAGAUACGAAGAUGGCAGCAGAAAUUUAUCCUCUUCAAUUAAUUUACCUUCAGCAGCACGGAAGUCCUUUCCACCUCUAAGUGCUCUCUCACCCCCUAGCGUACAUGGUGGAGUAGCAGAAACUAUAUCAGAUCCCGACCAUAGCAACAGCGAAGAGGAACCCAGACCAGAACCUCCCAAAAAACGAGGACCUGGCCGGCCCCGCAAACCAGAAAAUGAACUUAAAAAGAAGAAGAAGAAGACUGGUCGUUUGUGGGAGUUCAUACGAAACUUGCUUCUUGAUCCAGCAACGUGCCCUUCAUUAGUACGAUGGGAGAAUGCAGAAGAGGGAAUGUUCAGAUUUGUACAGGCAGAAAAGGUUGCUCAAAAGUGGGGAGAUCGCAAGCAGAAUGAAAACAUGAACUAUGAGAAGUUAAGCCGUGCCAUGAGAUAUUAUUAUAAAACCCAAAUAUUUGAAGCAGUCCUUGGAAGAAGAUUAGUGUACAAAUUUGGUAAAAAUGCCAAGAACUGGAGACCUUCUAACCCUAAUUUCCCAGACCACCAAACUCAUUAAAUAGAAAAGGAUCUAAUGCCAUAGUUUUGACCGAAUAAAGAACAGUCGAAUCCUACAUGCAAGGGUCUCGCUAUCCCACAGUCGCUCAUUGGGCGGUUACAGUCAAAACGUGGGUCCUACAGUCUGCCGAUACAGUCUACAGAGAACUGACGAGUGACUCGGCCGUCGACGGACCUUCAGCGGGGCCCUUCCCUCCGACACCCGACACACCCCGCAGCUACGCAGCAGGAGACCGGGGAUGCCUCUGUGUGAAUCAUCGACUAAAUUGGGAUGCCUAUAAUAUAAUAAUAGUUAACCCCAGCAAAAAAGGGGGUUGUGGGUUGAGUGUGUGUAUAGCACUCAACGUCUAUAACACACGUAGAGAAGUGUGACACCUCUGUAUGUGCGUUCAGUGUUGGAAAGGACUGGUCUCUGUGCCAAAAUUGUUCGUACGGGCGCGUGGGAGUGUUAUUGAUCAUUUUGGACAGGCAUGCUGCCUGCCGCGAGGACUGAGUGUCAGGAAGGAGUGGACUCUGUGCCAAUAUUAUUCGUGCGUACAUGCGGGAGAGAUAGUGUUCAAAGCAUACAGCCAGACUGGAUCGCCAAUUGUAAAUAAAAUUUAAGAACUAGUGAGUUGUCCUUUCUAUUGGAAAAUAGUAAUAGUGACAGUUAAGUAACGUUGUGAGUAAGGGCGCAGGAGUGUUUGUGGCAUCAGUUUUAUGAACUUAGCAGUUGUGUAAUGAAUUCCUACACUGAUUUUGGUGCCUCUGUUGUCAUGUUAGUGUGACAUCGCUUGGGUUUAUUGCAUGCGUUUGUAUGACAUCGCUUGUAUGACUUCAGUUGUAUGACAUCACUUGUACGGCUUCAGUUGUAUGACAUCGCUUGUAUGACAUCACUUAUAUAACUUCAGUUCUUCACUUGUAUGACCUCAGUUAUAUGACAUCGUUAUAAACGAGCAGACAUGUCAGUUGAAGAGCAUUCCCGCUUAACCGAACGUCUCUAUAACUGUGCCACCAGUCAUAGAAGUGAACAAGGCAGAGGAGGUAAGCCUAGCCAGAGUAGAAGACCUGGAGGCCUUGAACAACGGAGAUGCUAACCGGUCACUCACACAGCCAGGGCGAAGUGAAGAAACCCUUUCACCCGAGAGAAGGAUGACACCAACAGGCCGGAUGAAUAGGGUAAUCGGGGUUAUCAGCGGACGCUCACCCAAUUGACGGCAAUAAUGCAGAAUAUGAAGGAUCAUAUGGAGCAACUGCAGACAUUAGGCAAUACAGAGGACUUUGGUGAGAUGCUGUCAGUACCAGGAGGAAGGCCUUUUCAGGAAACGAGUGAGGGUAUGACAGCUGCGACGAGGUAUCCACGAGACACGUUGUCAACCGCCAGAACCAAGGGUGUCUAGCUGCUACACCUUGACACCCACCCAAGGAGGGUUCCCAACACUCAGUGCCUCAGAGUCAGGAACAUCUCAUCAGGGGGAGAGGGAACAUGUUUCCACCCGUCAUACCCACUUUCCGGAAGCAGUGACACUAACAGGAACCCAGGAGAUGGAAAACCAAGUACAAGAUAUACAGCGAGAACGCCCAGGACAGAUGGAAGGGAGGCCAUCGGACACGAUGCUACCAACCCAGAGACUGGAAGAGUUAAUGGCCACUAUGAGGUUUCCCCAGAGGCCGAUGCUGAGGUUCAGCGGAAGGACUUGUGACGAGUAUUGGGAGUAAACGCAUACCUUCCAAAGACACAUUGGGAAGGCGCCCAUAUGCACUAAAAUUGGAAACGCUUCUCUCGGCCUCUACACUGGCUGCGCUAAGAAAUCCCUAAGAGGGUGCCUGCAAAUAGAAGACCCAGGGCAGGAUAUGAACAAGCUCUAGCCUUGCUGGAAGAGCGUUAUGGCAACAAGCAAGCCUACAUCCAAGAACUGAAAGGCAAGGUCCUACAUGGUCCAGCCGUGAGAACAGAUGGCAUUAAAGGACUUCAGGAGCUCACGGACGAUCUGGGAAAUUGCAUAAACAACUUAAAGGUACAGGGAAAACUGCACGAAAUUGACACGUACGAAUCACUGAAUACUUUGGCUAAAAGAUUCACGGGAAAGAUCAGGUUGCGAUACGAGGAUAGAGCAUAUGACUAUGAAAGGAGACACGGGAAUUCUCCAAAGGUCGAGUGAAUGAAGGAUUUUGUACUUGAGAUGCUGGACAGGACAAGGAGGGCUUCGAGGAGACGAAAACAAGUAGAGCCGAGCGGGAGAUGAACAGGCUCACACCCAUACCCUUCCUUAUCAGAAAAGAGACCUGUGGGCCUAGUGACUUCGGAAAGAGAGGAGGUUAGAGGAAAGGACAACCGCACUUCCCCGAUGUGCCCUGGAUAUCACCCUCUGCAGAGAUGCCAAGUAUUCCUCAACAUGUCGACUGGAGCGCGAACUUCACUCGUACGUGAAGAAUGUCACUGUUUCAACUGCUUAGAUAGUGCUCACCGGAUGGCCGAGUGCAUCCAGAAGACAAGGUGCGGCAUAGAUGGCUGCUAUAGCUUCCACUCGAAUCUCCUGCACUUCUCGAGAAAUUCUAUGUGCAAUAACACGCCAAACCAGGACGAACCAUCAUGUCGGCACCGAAAUCAACGACCAGUGGAGCUAGGCCAUGGAAACCCGAAUCCAGCUUGAGAGUUACGGAGAAAAGGGCUGGAAACAGGGAGGUUGCACUGGUAACCACGAACUGAGAAAACCUGUAUAAAUGGGCCAGAGAUACUUACGAUCGAGAAAAUAGCCAGUGCGAGGGGCCCGAAGAUUACGACAUAUGACUAGCAGAUCCAGGCAGAGUUGCACUCCCCAUAUUAAAUGUCAAGGUCGGGGAGAUAAGGAGAAAAAUGAAUACAACAGUGAUCACAGGUCGCAACAGUAUCCGACGACUCGAGAGACCUAAAAGCACUCACACUGCUUCACCUUCUGCGAAUGCACGUGGGUACCCUGCCCACUGGAGGCGAUCAGUCCAUAGCAGAAGUGUACCGACGAAAAUGAAAGCAUGCCCAAUUCGUUGCAGACCAAUUCUGGAAGAGGUGGGUGAAGGAAUAUCUCCCGACACUCCGGCGGCGACAGAAGCACUGGAGACAUCGUCAUCAUAUCUGGACAUCCUCUCCCAAGGAGCAAAUGGAUGCUAGGAAGGGUAUUGGAGGCGGUACCGGGUGAAGACGGCCUGGUGCGGUGUGCCAAAGUGAAGACGAAGGACUAGUGUUAAUACGUCCAGUGACAAAGCUCUGCCUAUUGGAGGGAGUCGGAGAGUGAGACUCCCGGCAGACAAUGGGUUUCGAGCAAGCUCAACAGGGGGAGUGUUACCACCACAGUAGGAUAAACUAGAAGAGAGAGGGAUAGAGAAAGGGAGACAGGAGAGAGACAGAGUGCUGACAACAAACUUUGCUGAGGUGUUAAAUGUGAAACAGAUGGC